UUUGCACAGCCGGCUCCACUUGUCCCUCUCAUAUGAAACUCACCUGACAGGCUUCUCCGCAAAUGAAGAAAGAAUGCGUCCGGAAGAGCAGGCUAAGAAACAAACAUCGAAAAUAAGUAGACGGAAACUCACUCAGUUGGUCGCUGCAUCAGAAAUAGGCUACUGCUGGUACUCCCACGCAACCAUAACACAAAGAGGUUAAACACUACAGGACCAGAGCAUUGUGCUGUGUCGCGCUUCUUUCCUAGAGGAUGGAGAGGGGGAAGGAGAUAGAGGAUGGAGAGUAUGAGGAGUACGUGUGGAGGCGAAGACAGAGUUCAAGAAUGCUGCAGGGGAUGCUGAAACGUGUUGGCCACGUGCCGUUCCACCCAAUCCAGGAGAUGGAUGGAGCAGUGGGUGGAGCAGAAGAAACUAAAGCGCUCCACCCUGCUCUCAGCAAGAUGAAACCAGAGACCUUCCAGACCACAGCCUCUGACUCCAAACAUGACCUCUUCCAGACCACACCCUCUGACUCCAAAUAUGACAUCUUUAAGACCACACUAUCUGACUCCAAACAUGAUCUCUUCCAGACCACACCCUCUGAUUCCAAACAUGACCUCUUCCAGACCACAUCCUCUGACUCCAAACAUGACCUCUUCCAGACCACACCCUCUGACUCCAAACAUGACCUCUUCCAGACCGCACCCUCUGACUCCAAACAUGACCUCUUCCAGACCACACCCUCUGACUCCAAAUAUGACAUCUUUAAGACCGCACCCUCUGACUCCAAGCAUGACCUCUUCCAGACCGCACCCUCUGACUCAAAAUAUGACAUCUUUAAGACCGCACCCUCUGACUCCAAGCAUGACCUCUUCCAGACCAUACCCUCUGACUCCAAACAUGACCUCUUCCAGACCACACCCUCUGACUCCAAAUAUGACAUAUUUAAGACCGCACCCUCUGACUCCAAAUAUGACCUCUUCCAGACCACAUCCUCUGACUCCAAACAUGACCUCUUCCAGACGACACCCUCUGACUCCAAAUAUGACCUCUUCCAGACCACACCCUCUGACCCCAAACAUGAUCUCUUCCAGACCACACCCUCUGACUCCAAAUAUGACAUCUUUAAGACCGCACCCUCUGACUCCAAACAUGACUUCUUCCAGACCACACCUUCUGACUCCAAGAAUGAGCUCUUCCAGACCACACCCUCUGACUCCAAAUAUGACAUCUUUAAGACCGCACCCUCUGACUCCAAAUAUGACCUUUUCCAGACCACACCCUCUGACUCCAAACAUGAUCUCUUCCAGACCACACCCUCUGACCCCAAACAUGAUCUCUUCCAGACCACACCCUCUAACUCCAAACAUGACCUCUUCCAGACCACACCCUCUGACUCCAAGCAUGAUCUCUUCCAGACCACACCCUCUGACUCCAAACAUGAUCUCUUCCAGACAACACACUCUGACUCCAAACAUGACCUCUUUAAGACCACACCCUCUGACUCCAAACAUGACCUCUUCCAGACCGCACCCUCUGACUCCAAACAUGACCUCUUCCAGGCCGCACCCUCUGACUCCAAACAUGACCUCUUUAAGACCCCACUCCCAAAACUGAAGGAGAAUGGACAUAUCACGGCGAAUGGGAGUAGGAGUCCUGACUUGAAAUCUACGCGCAACAAGGACCAUGAAUCCUGGGAUAGUAAGGAAUACCCUGUGUAUCAGAACGUCUUCCUCAUUGGAGAGGAGAAAUGUGUGGAAGAUUGGCCGGAGGACAGUCCGGAGCUCUGUCCUGAUUGGAAGCCGCCUGGCAGAUUAAGACUGAGAAGAGAGUCUAUGAAGGUUCUGUCAGGGACACGGAUGGAAUGGGGAAACCAGGACCCGAUGGAGAACAAUGCUGAGAAUAAUUACAAAGCCAAGAAAAGCAGAAGGUUCACCUUGCCAAUUCCCACACGAAGACAAUCAAAGAGUGAGGCUGAACUCGUACAGAAAGGUGCAGAUCUCUUCAAAGGGAGAGUGGGAGAGGAGGAUGAGCAGGAUGUGGCAGAGGAGUAUAGGCUGCAGAGACAAAAGAGAGGGAAGAAAUUCAGAAUCACCUUCCUGCAGCGCAGAGAUUCAAAGGGAGCUACAUUACCUGAGACUCCCCCUGGAGCUACCUGCAAGAACUAUCACCUGUCUGAGGCAGCAGAGAGUGAAGCUGAACUCGUACAGAAAGGUGCAGAUCUCUUCAAAGGGAGAGAGGGAGAGGAGGAUGAGCAGGAUGUGGCAGAGGAGUAUAGGCUGCAGAGACAAAAGAGAGGGAAGAAAUUCAGAAUCACCUUCCUGCAGCGCAGAGAUUCAAAGGGAGCUACAUUACCUGAGACUCCCCCUGGAGCUACCUGCAAGAACUAUCACCUGUCUGAGGCAGCAGAGAGUGAGGCUGAACUCGUACAGAAAGGUGCAGAUCUCUUCAAAGGGAGAGUGGGAGAGGAGGAUGAGCAGGAUGUGGCAGAGGAGUAUAGGCUGCAGAGACAAAAGAGAGGGAAGAAAUUCAGAAUCACCUUCCUGCAGCGCAGAGAUUCAAAGGGAGCUACAUUACCUGAGACUCCCCCUGGAGCUACCUGCAAGAACUAUCACCUGUCUGAGGCAGCAGAGGCAGAGUGGUUGUCUGCUCAGAGGGACGAGAGCUUGGUAAACGGAGGGAAGGUAGAGGAGACUGGAGGAAUGGAGGAUGGGGACACUGACAGCCUGAUGGAGUGGUGGAACACUGUGGAACAGUGGGAUGAGCUUCCCUCAGAUGAUGAAGACUGGGUGGGAGACGGCGAGGUGAAGGAGCUGAAGGUGCUGGCGGAGAAGGUGCAGAAGGGCAUUCAUGUCUUUAACAAGGUCUUCAUGGAGCAGGCAGAGGGUCUUUGGCAGCACAUCAUCGACCUCAACGCCAUCGCAGAGAACAUCAAUGAGUUCCACAAGAAAGCCAAGAUCGCCUCCAUCACGGGGGGCACCACCAGCGCCGUGGGAGGGGUCACUGCCAUCGCCGGCCUGGCUCUGGCUCCGGUCACUCUGGGGGCGUCUCUGAUCAUCACGGCUGUGGGGAUAGGCGUGGCCACCGCCGGGGGGCUCACCUCCGCCUCCGCCUCCAUCUCCGACUCCGUCCACAACUCCCAGGACCGCAAGAAGGUGGAGAGGAUCGUCGAGGACUACCAGACCAAGAUGGCCGACAUUAGCAAGUGCCUGCGCUAUGUGCAGCAGGGCCUGGAGAAGCUCCUGGCCUACAACCUGCUGAAGAUGGACUUGGCGGGAGAGCAGGGGCUGGGGCUCAGCAGGGCGGUGCAGAUGGCCAGUGAGGCCAGCGGUGCCAGCGAGCGGGCGGUGCAGCUCAGCAGCCAGGUCAGCACCGUGCUGACGGGGCUGUUCCAGGGCAUGGACGACUACUACAUGGACAAGGACUCCCGGGAGCUGAAGAAAGGCUGCAAGACGGAGUUCGCUGCUAAGAUACGGGAGGUGGCAAACCGGCUGCAUGAGGCACUGGUGGAGCUCAACAGCAUCCGAGAGGAGCUGCAGGACACAGUUUAUAACAUCUGAACUCCCUUUCCCACAAUCCCCUUCUUCACUUGCUCCCCCAAUGUUCUCUUCUGAACUCCCUUUCCCACAAUCCUCUUCUUCACUCGUUCCCCCAAUGUUCUCUUCUGAACUUCCUUUCCCACAAUCCCCUUCUUCACUCACUCCACCCUUGUUCUCUUCUGAACUCCAUUUCCCACAAUUCCUUUCUUCACUCUCUCCCCCAUUUUUCUCUUCCGAAUUCCCUUUCCCACAAUCCUCCACUUCACUCACUCCACCCUUGUUCUCUUCUGAACUCCCUUUCCCACAAUCCCCUUCUUCACUCCCUUUCCCACAAUCCUCUUCUUUACUUUCUCCCCCACUGUUCACUUCUGCACUCACUUUCCCACAAUGCCCUUCUACACUCACUUUUCCACAAUGCUCUUCUUCACUCACUUUCCCACAAUCCUCUUCUUCACUUGCUCCCCCACUGUUCACUUCUGCACUCACUUUCCCACAAUGCCGUUCUGCACUCACAUUUCCCACAAUGCCCUUCUGCACUCACAUUUCCCACAAUGCUCUUCUUCACUUGCUCCCCAUUGUUCUCUUCUGAACUUACUUUCCCAUAAUCCUCUUUUCCAUUUGCUUUCCCACAAUCCUCAGAAAAUCUGAUCCAUCUGAGGCGCCCCCGGCUAUUUAUUUUUACCAGUACCUGAAACACAGCGAUACACACACAUAAUGCAGCACUAAUGAUGAUAUUUUCUUGUAGGAGAUGUUUAUUAGUCAUGUAAUUUUUGUAUAUAGCUUAUACAUGUGUAACAUAAACUCUAAUAAAAGCCAGCAGACCCUCCAGCACACCCCCAGUACUGAAUAGAGACAAAAAAGUGCAUCACGUGUUGCAUUGAAUUCUCUGUUAAUCCUACUGUAACCUUUGUACUGUCAUUUGUGGCAGUUUACUGUACUGCAAGAAGCCUUAAAACAGGACAUAACCACUGGUGCACAUCACCACAGUUUUGCACUGAUUUUUAAAACCAGUAUUUUGUAUUAUAUGGGGUGAUGUGCAGAGGCUAUCUGUUCUGUCACUUGAAUACUGUGCCUAGCUAAUGCUGACAUGGUUGAUAAGUUUCACUGUAAAUCACACCAGUCUGUUCGGGUGAAACCGAGUGAGAAAGUCCCGCCUUCUCCUUCCCCAUUUGGGCAGGAAACUGUUACUCCAGAAACAAACUGAUUAGAGUAAUCUGAACGUCCAUGCGGUGUGUAGCAAGGUUCCCAAGCUGAGCAGGCCAGUGUGAUUCAGGGUUGGCCACAGAAAAUGUAUUCCUCAUAAAAUGGAUCCUGAGCUCUGACAGUUUGGAAACAGUUGGGCACAAAAUAAAGACAGAAAGAUGAUUGCA